CUAUGUGUUUGUGUGCUUAUCAAGCAGCUUUAGUAAAUAUCAAUGAUUUUAUCUUGUCAAGAAUGCAAGUUGCAAUGCCUCAUAACCUGGAUUAAUAAGGCUUCAGAUUCCUGAGUGAUGUCAAAAGUUUUAUAAAUUGGUUUAAUUAUAUAAGUUUUCCAGGCUCACCUCCUACCGUUCUGCAGCACUAAAAUAUAGGUUUGUAAAGGAGCACUUGUUUUCCACACAUGGUGUAUAUGGGAAGGACACAUCCAGGUUCAUGAUUGGUGUCACCAUGGCCGAUAUAGCUUUGGACAGUAAAAUUACGGAACAUAUUCAAGGUUGUGAAAUUGAAAGUAAUGAUCAUCUUGAAGAAGAGCUUAGUAAAGAAGAAACAAAAACUCAAGACAGUGUUUCAGUGAACCAAACAAAACCACCAGUAAAACCAAAACCGAACAUUUCAAAGUUUAUCCUAAAUCGAAUACGUAAUGCCGACUUUAAAAAUUCAACAGUGCGGUACUCCAGCCAGUCUGCGCUGUCACACAUCCCUGGAGAAAAUGAUGAACGUACAACACAAUCCAUGUUUAUUGAAUCAACCAAUGAUUCAGACUUUACCAACCUAAAAAAUGAAACAAGGAAUACUGUGAUUGUUGCAGAGGUAAAAGAGAAGGAGGAGGAAGCUGACAAAGCAAAAAAUAGUGUUGCAAUAAAUGAAGAUGUAAAAAUUUGUGAGUCAAUAGUUCGCAAGGAAAAUAUAAAUAAAGAUGUUAAUGAGAAAAAUGAUGUGAAUGAGGAGAUUACAGAAACGUAUGAAGUGUCGGAAACGGUACUUGAAGAUUCAACCAGUGAUGUUGCAGAUGGGGACACCUGUAUUGAACAUACAGGUGAUGACCAUCCUUAUGCAAAUAUUGAUUUUAGCCUUGAAGAUGAUAAUGAUUAUGUGAACUUAGAGCCAGGAUCUCAGUUUGCAAAUCAGUGUUCCUCUGCAAAACGAAAUUCUCAGGAGCCUUCAAGUAAACUUCCUAUACCACCUCCUCGACGAUCUAAAAGUCUUUUAGAACAAGCUUCAAAGACUAAUGAAAAGAAGCAAAUAGUUAAAAAAACUAAGAAAAACAGUCCCGUCCAUGUCAGGAGAGAGAAAAGGCAACAGCACUGUCUGGAACACUCCCAAUCUCUACCAGAAAGUAGUCAAUUCUUGGAGGCUAAUCAUAAUUCCAUUGUUGAUCCUGAAAGACCUUACAGUAAUAUUAGACCUACUCCAAUCAGACGGCAGAAGAAGUUUGAUAAAUCUAAUAAGGAGAUUUAUGCUGAGUCUGCCAAAAGGCAAUCAAAUCGAACAUCUUCAAAUAGUCCUGUAGCAAAAAGGAAAGAAAAAAAUUUGAGUGCAGUGAAAAAGAACAAAUCAAAAUUAAUAAAUGAAUCCUCUAGGAGACAAAGGACAAUCUCUGCAAAUUCUGCUCUAGAUCCGAAGUUGGUGGAAAAGGAUUCACCAGAAAAGUCAAAGCCUCCAGUGAAACCUAAGCCACCAAAACGAAAAAGCAGGAAAGAACGUUCAAAAACAAUGACUCCAGUUGUACCUGAACAGGUUCUUAGUAAAGAAAAUGAUACUGAUAAUGCACGUUCGUCGACACUCACAGCGCCCCCAAGGAAAAAUCGUAGCAGAUCUGUAGAAGUUGUUUCAAAAGAUACAUUUGACUUGCCAUCAAGUGCGGAGCUUAAGAUAAAGCCAAUGCCUGAGUUAUCAUCAAAGCAAUCUUCUGAAAAUAUCAAUGGGUCCAUUUAUAAAACAAACUAUAUAUCUGGAAAUCCAACAAAAAAAACUACAAAACAGAAAAGCCACGGGUCUGUAGCUAGGCCUUGCAGACCUGCUCCUCCUCCACCAGUCAAGAGCAAAUCAUGUGACAGUGCUAAUAUAGCAACAGGAACAUUUUAUUCAAUGGUGAAUGAUGCAACAUAUGCUGUUGUUAAUAAGAACCGUAAGGAUAAUUUAUCAAAAAGCAAAACAGAAUCUGGAAUUAAGGGAGAGGGAUCAGAUGCAAGGCUACCAUCCACUCCACACAAAGUCAUUUCAGACUUGCAUACCUUCUCAUUUCCUAGUGACAAAAUAGAUUCUACAAAAGUUGCAGCAAGAAUGUCUGCAGAAAUAGAGGCUUCUGCCGGGCCAGAAGUCACUGAUAAUAAAGAAAAUACUUUGGAAUCAGAAGUAUUGGAGAAUGCAACCGUUGAACAGUUGAAGUCUCCUCUCAGUCGCGACAACAGUGGCAGCUCCGGUAGGGGCAGCUUUCAUUCCAGUGAAAAUCGGAACUCUGGGGAAGGCAAUAGAAACAGUGGCUUAAGUGAUGAUUAUGUCUUACCUGACAUCAAACCAUUAGAUACAAACAAAGACGAGCAGAUAUACGUUAACCAAAUAGCAUCACCAGACUUGCAUCGGAAAAUAACCUAUCCAUCACCAGUUCUUGGCACCCGUUCCAUUCCAAUAAAGCCAAAUGAAAGUGUUGAUGACCAGUCAGAGAUAGAACUACAAGACGGAUAUGAAGACAUGUCAAAGUUCGCACGCAAGCAGAAUGCGCAAAAUAUCUACUCCGUACCGAGAGCUUGCAACCACACUCCAACUGAAGAUGGCAAAUGUGAAUGUGCAGAUUUCACCGAUAGUAGUGGGGAUGAAGACGGUGGAUCCCUAUCUGAUGAUGAAAUUGAAGAAUAUGGGAAUUACGAGCCCAUCAGUGAACUGACGCAGUCAGGCAAGCAUAUUGUAGAACAUGUAGAAAUGACACCUGAACACAGACGCAAGGUUCUUUUAGUUGCAAAUGAGGUCCGCGACUCUGAAAGAGUGUUUGUUGAUGUCUUAAAGCUGUUGAAUGAGGAUUUCCGUUCAGCCAUUGAACAUGCAAGUUUUAACACCUCCAGACCUGUUAUUGAUGAGAAGGUCCUUGAUCAGAUUUUGGGGCAACUUCCUCAACUACAGAUGUUCAACGAGGACCUGUUGGAUGAUUUGGAUAAAAGAAUCGAGGAGUGGGAUGAAAAUCCAAGAUUAGCUGACAUAUUCCUAAAGAAAGGUCCGUAUUUAAAGCUGUACACAACCUAUAUAAGAGAUUUUGAGAGACUAUGCGCCAUCUUUGAUGAGGCAUGCACUAAGUACUCGUUUUUUGGCCAAGUUGUCAGGGAUUUCGAGGCUAGCCCACGAUGUAUGCAUCUUGCGUUAAAACACUACAUGCUCAAACCCAUCCAAAGAAUACCACAGUACAAGCUUCUGCUUACAGAUUACCUCAAAAAACUAAAUCCUGGUUGUGAAGAUUAUUCAGAUACACAAGCGGCUUUAAAAAUUGUGAGUGAGGUAGCAAACCAUGCAAAUGAAACCAUGAAACAAGGGGAUAACUUUGAAAAGCUACUCCAAAUUCAGCAUAGCCUUAUGGGAAAUCAUGAAAUAGUGAAACCAGGAAGGAUUUUCAAGAAGGAAGGAAUUCUGCUAAAGUUGUCCCGAAAGGUUAUGCAGCCCCGAAGGUUCUUCCUUAUGAGUGACUGCUUGCUGUAUACAACACCAUACCCAUCUGGACAGUACAAACUCAACAACGAAUUAUCCUUAGCUGGAAUGAAGGUUAGCCGGCCUGUUCAAGAAGACUUCCAGAACGAGUUUAGUAUCAUCAGUGUGCAGAGGUCAUUCACAUUGUCUGCAAGCACACCUGAGCUACUAGAUGAAUGGAUAGAUGCUUUAAUGACAGCAAUCACAGAUUAUGCUCAGAAGAAAAGUUCUUUCAAUCUAAUGCGGCCAGACUCUAUGACAGAAGGCAACUUGAUGAGUCUUGGUCGUAAAGCGCCUGUAUGGAUCCCAGAUGGCCGUGUGACCAUGUGCAUGAUUUGCACCUGUGAAUUCACCAUCACCUGGAGGCGGCACCACUGCAGGGCCUGCGGAAAGGUUGUGUGUGGAAAUUGCUCUAACAACAAGCUGCCCUUAUCAUACCUGUCCAAGGUUGCAAGAUGCUGUGAUGAAUGCUAUUCCUGUCUUAAAGAAGAUUGUCCUGAAGAAGAUGAGAAAGAAGAUGAAACUUUAAACAAGAUGAUGAAAAAGAAAAAAAACACAACAAAAGGAAAGAAAACAAGGGCAAACAGGAAGAUGUCUAGACCAUCAGCACUUAAAGAGGUUGCUGCCAACGAGUGUAACAUCACAAUGAGUGGAUACCUGUUCCAAAAAGGAGCUAAGAAACAAUGGAAAAGAUACUGGUAUGUAAUAAAAGACAAAGUGCUGUAUACUUACAAAGCCAGUGAGGAUGUUGCUGCAUUGGAGAGCAUGCCGUUAUUGGGAUACGACAUACGAGUUAUCAAUGAGUACUAUGAUGGGGUUGAAGCUGGACUAGUUCUACAGUUAUUUCAUCAAGGACGACAAAUUCGAAUGUUUAGGACAGAAAGCAAAGUUGCAACUGAAAAAUGGAGAGAUGCCAUGCAUAGCGCCACCAUACUGUAAAUAAUGGACUUUAAGGAGAAUGUACGGAUAAAA